UUUAAUGAUAUAUUCUCUGAAAUUCUUUAUUACCGUUGUUUUUACUCUUAAAAUGAUCUUAUGAUCAUCAUUUUCGAAAUUCGGCAUUUUAGCAAUUCGGACAGCAUCAAGACAGCUUUCAUUCCUAUACAGAUGUCGGCAACAUGUAAGCAUGACUACUUUGUGCGGUUAACAAUGGGAGACAAUCCAGUAACAGUUCUACCAGGGAUUGGGCGUGGAAACCAGAAAGCACUGAGGAAGGAGGGCUAUUAUAAGGCUUGCCAAGUCUUUGGGAGGUUUUUAAUCCUAGACAUGUCUGAGACGAAAUUCAAAGAAUGGCUUGUGAAUGUUUGUGGAGCAGACACCAAAAGUCAAACUGCCUGUUAUGAUGGUCUUAAAGAGUGGUACAACCGAAACUUUAAUAAGUCUUUUGUAUGAAAUAACAAGCGUUAUAACGAUUUCUAUUCAAGAAAUCAACAGCCUUUCAUUGAUGUAAAAUUAAUAGAAACUCUUCUUUUGAAACUUUUGAAUCAUAAUUUCAUAUUAAGGUUUAAUGUAUUAAUCUUCAAAUUACUCUCUAUGCAUGUUAACAAAAAAGAAUCUUAUACAUGUAUCUAUGUUUUUCGUAUAAUUUAAACAAAUUAUGAUCAUAAUAUUCAUAUACAUCUACGUACAUGUUUAUAUUUAAUCAAAUUUUGCUUUAAUUUGUGAUAAUUCAUUAAUGAUUAUAAAAAAGUGAGUCACGUAUUUUCUCAAUAGUUUUACAUUGAUAGCUUAAUGUGUAUAUGUGCAACAUUUGUUUAACUACCAUAAAUAUAUACAACUUCAUUUCAUUUCUUAAUUACAGUGAUUUCAUUUAUUUAAUAUUCAUUGGCAUAAAUUUUCAUGGAUUAAAUGAAAAUCAUAAUUUCAUUGCAUGAUUAUCUAACUUAAAUUGGUGGUCAUUUCAAAAAAUAUGUUAUAACACUUUAAUGAAUUUUAAUUGCAACUAAAAAACGUUCACCUCGUGAAUUAGUAUUCAACAAAUUGACGAUCGCGACACACAUCACAGAAUAUUGAAAAGCUAUGAUAUUAACCACUGAUUUUUGUCGUGUUCAUUUAUUUAAACAAUGUUUUAUUCGAUAUAUGAAUGGAUUAGGCAGCAGACACAGCCUAUUCUGUUCAUUUAUAAGUUUAUAUACAACAAAAAAAAAUUCGUAUCCCGUCUUCAGUAAUUUCUUAUUUCAUAUUCAUAUGGAAAAUAGUCAAUAUUAAUCUUUCAUUGACUUAUUCAGUAUUUUGCAAUCUUGGUACAUUGAAAUUUACUACGAUAAUUGAGCCAAAUCUUUUGUUUCGUUUGAAACCUCAUUUCUAGCUCUUUCAGAAUAUGUCAAAAUGUAUGGUCAUGUGGCAAUAAUAAGUCAAAGUUGCAAAUGGUGUUCUGGAUAUUAAAUCAAUCCCCUCUCCUAUGUGCUCCCCUAGUAUUUCUUUUUGGGUUUUUUUUCAUUCCUUCAUUUGUUUUGAAAAUCUUAAUGUUUUUUUCAAAAAAGUAAAAUUACUUACCUGAAUUCAAUUAAUUACAUAACACGUACCCAUUUAUUCCUUAUGACAAUAAUUUCCUACCUUAUGUCCAUAAUGUAAUACAUGUACGUCAACUGUCUGUCUGUGUUUCUUUAUAUGAUACUUGAUAUAAAGCACUUGAUAUAAAACAUUUUUGAUGAUUAUAUUCCUGAAAGAAACGUGCACAUAUUUAAACCCCUGUUUAUUAGAAAAUAUCCAAAUGCUUCUGUGAUUACUUGAUUGGUCAACGAUUAAACAUUGUUGAUUUGUUUUUGUUUUUUGGGGGUUUUUUUGGGGGGGGGGGUGGUCACUGAACAGUAACAGGCUAAGUAACCUGGCUAAUGGGUCUAAUAAGACAUUGCAAUAUCUCCAUAAACAUUUAUUUGUACUGUGUCAAUAUGUCAAGAAAAUGUAUAGAUGAUUGUAUAUAGAACAUCUUUUGUCACUUAAUUUUAAGAAAAUAUGAAUAAAACCGAUGUAAUUUAUCAAAUAAAGAUGAAAAUAAUGUUAUAAAUAUUUUUGUAACUUUUUAUUUGAUUAGAAUAAUAUAAUGUAA